AUGAGUGCAGGAAUUACCAUCGGCAUUCUUGCUGGUGUGGUCGUCAUAGGUGUCAUAGCCUUUAUUGCUUAUCGAAACAUGAACGAAGAGAAUUUGAACGAUGAAAAACAAUUCAUGCAAGAUUAUCCUGCGUCCAAGGUUACGACUUCCGAGCCAACUCGAAUGUCUGAAACAAACAUGCAGACACCUACUCAGCACAAUUACACUACACUAGAUAGACCUUCUACUAAGGCCACGCCUGAUCCAUUAGCAAUGUCAAUUGCCAUGCUGACUAUACCCGAUAACGUACCACCUCCGUCAGUCGAACCAAAACGUUAUAAUUUCGACCCAGCACAAUCUACAGUUAAUGGUGCUGCGCCGUCUACGUCUCCUUUUAAUAAGAAGAACUCAGUACGAGCUUCACGUCCAAGCAUCAGUAACUAUGAUGCCCAUUCGAUGGAGUUUAAUGCUGCACCUGGAAGUUUUAACGAAUCCUAUACAGAAUCGUAUGCCGGCUCAUUUACCGGAUCAAUGGCCGGAUCGUAUGCACAUUCGUUCUCGGGUACAUACAAUGGUCAGGGCGUGCUUAAUUCUUUCGAUAGCAAUGUCGAUGAUUUCGGGCGAGAUACAGUUGGUACAACAGUAUCGGAAGCUUUGGAUCGUCAGAGCCAAGUGCCAGCAGGAGAAGAACAAUCGCAUUGGAUGGACGACAUGCGUGGUACAAACGACAGCUACGCGAUGCUUGAAUCUGGUUCGUUUGAUCGGACGUCAGCACUUUCUCGCUUUUCCACGGACUCGGACCUUGCUGGCCGUCCUACGAAUUGA